AUGGCAGAAAAAGUGCUUAUAGCGCUUGGAAUGGCGACUAGUGCAUUUAUCAUGGGUAUAUCAGUGAUCGCUGUGAUUUUCCUCUUCAGUGAUAUCAAUGAUCUGUAUAGUGGUGUCAUCGUUGAAAUGAAUGAUUUUAAGGAAAUAGCAGACGAUACAUGGACCAAAAUUCUAUCUAUCCGAUCAAAUGAGUUCCAGAAGGGAAAUGCAAACUAUCGCGAUUUUGAGACUAUUGUUUUGCGGGCCAAACGACAGUAUCCAUCACAUUGUCAAUGUGGCAAAAGAGUUAGUCAAUGCCCAGAAGGUCCUUCUGGUCCUCAAGGUGAUCCAGGAUUGAAAGGUCUUGAUGGGCCCGAUGGUGAUGAUGGACGUCCAGGUGUAAAUGGUGUUGCACUUUUAGCUACCUUCCAUAUUCCUGGUGGUUGCAUUGAUUGUCCACCAGGACCACGAGGACCGCCUGGUCCUCCUGGCCUCCCGGGAGAUAUGGGUGAACAAGGUAGUUGCGCGAAAAAAGGACCAGAUGGUAAACGUGGACCAUGUGGAAAAACCGGACUCCCAGGCGCACCAGGUAAUCAAGGACCAGAUGGUCCUCCUGGUAAACCUGGUCGACCUGGAAAAGAUGGUAAGCGAGGUUAUGGACCACCUGGAUCAAAAGGUCCUAAAGGACAACGAGGUCCGGCUGGUGAACCUGGAACAGAUGGUGCAAAAGGAGAUGAUGGAGAACCUGGUGAACAAGGACAACAAGGUGCAGCUGGGAAAGAUGGAAAAGCUGGCAAAGAUGGCAAAGCCGGAAUGCCAGGUAGUCCAGGUAUACCAGGACCAGAUGCUCAUUACUGCCCAUGUCCACAACAUGGAAACAAUGGAAGCUACAAAAAUCGUAAAGCGCUGUAA